AUGAAUACUCUAAUUAAAUCAAUAGUAGGUAAAUUCUCGACAGUUGCAUUACAUGCUACUCUCCCUUUUACAGGAUACAAAUACGAUGACAUUGAUUCCUCCAGAAGUUAUCGAUUGCGAUCUUUACUAUCUGAAAUUUGGGACAACAGAAUUGAUGAAGGAUUUCAUAUGGCUUACGAGUAUUUAAUAUAUUAUAAUUUAUUAGACAAUUCAUUUAAGCACUUAAUGAAAAGGAUUACAAAUUCAUCUCAACUAUAGCUAAUGCAAAUCUAGAAAGAGCUCUAGAAAAACAUAAUUUUCAAUUGUUGAAUCUAAAGAAUGGAACAAAAGAUAUUAUCUAUUCUGAAUUAACGUAUAGCAUCAUUCUAUUAAUAGAUUAUCAAUAGGUGACAAAUCAUAAUAGUGUGUAAAGAUGUCUCUCUUUGACUGUGUUAAUUUAAAUUUAUAUGGUAAUGAUCAUGAACGAUCUGAAAUUGAAAAGUAUAUUCUUAUAAUAUUUAGUGUUACUUUACGAAUUGAGUGUUACAUACUCUCUUAGUUAAUGUUGUAUCCAACCCCAGAACCUCAUUUAGAAUCAAUUUAUCACAGAGUAUUUUUAUCAUUUUUAACAUUUAGGUAAUAUUUGAAUUGAAACAGACACAAGCUGCCAAUUCUAAUCCAGAUUUAAUUAAAGUAUUACUCUUCAAUUCAAAGAAAAGAAUUAAAUACCUCAGAAAUCAUUUUAUUGGUAAAUAAUAUGAAUGGCGAAUUAUGGAAAUUGAUAAUUUAAAUUUAUGA